AUUUCACCCGCAAUUGAAUUUCAAUUUCCUUCACGACACUUAAUAUCUCCGCCUCUCCCUCAAUUCUCUUCCUAUUCUCACACCCAAUAUCCUCUCUCUACCACUCUUCCUCUCUCUUUCAAACCCUAACCCCCCACACCGGUUUCUCCAUGAAAGGAGGUAGAUCAAAGUCAGAUACCAAGAGCGCUAAGCUCUCUGUGAACAAGAAACCAACCAAAGGAGGAGCAGCAGCAGCAAAGAAAUCAGGAAAGGCAGCUAAGGAUCCAAACAAGCCCAAGAGGCCUGCUAGUGCAUUCUUCGUCUUCAUGGAGGAGUUUAGAGAGCAGUACAAGAAGGAGCACCCUAAAAACAAAUCAGUUGCUGCUGUUGGAAAAGCUGGAGGAGAUAAAUGGAAGUCACUGUCAGCGGCUGAGAAAGCACCCUAUGUUGCCAAGGCUGAUAAAAGGAAAGUCGAGUAUGAGAAGAAGAUGAAAGCCUACAACAAGGAGCAGGCUGAAGGGCCCAAGGAAGAAGAGGAAUCCGAGAAGUCAGUGUCGGAAGUCAAUGAUGAAGAUGAAGAUGAUGAGGAGGGCAGUGCAGAGGAGGAUGACGACGACGAGUAGGAUUUGGACACGGGGAAUAGCAUAGUCAUCUAGGUCGUGACAAUGUUUGGACAUUGUAUGUUGAUGGCCGAGUAUUGGCAUGUUAAUUUUUUUUUCAAUUACUGUCUUCUAAGGGAAGGAUAUGCGAACUGCUCCCUUUGUUAUUUUGUCCUCCUCCUUCCUAGGGAAAAAAGUUAAUAGGUGUAGAAGGGAGAACUCUAUGUUUACUUGAACCAAAGUUUAAUGAAUUAGAUAAGUGGUUAUCUUCUGUA